AUGAAUGAACAGCAACAAGCAAUCAGAAAACGAAGAAAAGUUCUUGAUUUAGAUCUCGACUCUUACGUUAAUGUAAAGUCAAGAUUGUUACAGUUCCUACUAUUAGCAAGGCAAGGAAAUAUUAAACAAAUAAAGAGCGAUGAUUUAGGCAAGAUUGCGGAUGAUAUUGACUUCUUCUUCUUUAAAACAAGACUUAAUCUAAACCUAGAUGCAUUAACAUAUCGCAGAGUUACAUCCGAAUUUGAAAACUUUGACACAGAUCUUUCGAAAAGAUUGGUCUCCUUGAUCGAUAUUCAAAUUUCGGUUCAAACGGAGCUCAAACAAAAGAUUUCUCGGGCAUCGGAAUUUCUUGGGAAGAGAAAGGAGCUCAAUGAUGUCGUGGUUCGUGUGCUGAAGCAGAGUAAUUCUUUUAGAAUUUCAAAACGAGACUUUGAUCAGCUCUUUGAUGAUGACAUUGACGUUAGUGUGAUAUUAUCUUCGGGAAAGGUUGUAAAUAACAAUAGCAAUGAUUCCGAUGCCAUUGAAUACGUAUUUGACGUCAAAAGUUCGAAAUCAUUAAGUUCAUCGUGUGAUAAAUUAACCAGCUUGUUGGAGGAUAAAAUAAAGCAGUACAACAAACUUAGAGAUUCUGUUUCUUCAAAGCAACAAGCCUGGGUGAAUAUCUCCAGCAAAGUAAAGGAAGCUUUUAAAGUACUUGAUGAAGGGACGAAGGAUUUAGUUAAAUCAUCUAAGGCCUAA